UUGGUGCGCUGUGUCCCUCAGACACAGUGGAUCACCGAUCAAUGGAAAGAGCCAAAGAUGUCGGCUCGGUCAUGUGAUCAGCUGUGUCCAAUCACAGCUGAUCACAUCAGUGCCACCUGUCAGUGUCCAUCAGUGCCAGCUCUCAGUGCUCAUCCAUGCCACCUGCCAGUGCCCAUCAGUGCCGCAUUUCAGUGCCACAUCAAUGCCACAUAUCAGUGCCCAUCUGAGCUGCCUUUCAGUGUCAACCAUCAAUGCCAGUCAGUGCCACCUAUCAAUGCCAGUCAGUGCCACCUAUCAGUGCCCGUCAGUGCUGCUUAUCAGUGCCGCCUAACAGUGCCAGUCAGUGCCACCUAACAGUGCCAGUCAGUGCCACCUAUCAGUUCCGCCUAUCAGUGCCAUAUAUGAGUGCUGCCUUUUAAUGCCCAUCAGUAAUGCCU